AAACAAAGGAAAUAAUCAACAUCAUCUCCAUUUCCAACUCCUUGAGUUCUCCUUCGUUUGCACAUAGACUCUCUCACACACAGUGAGUGUGAAAAACCCUUUUCACACACCAAUCCAUGAAUCACAACAUACAAUCAAACAGUAUAUAUACACACAUAUAUGUAUACAUCGUGCCCCACACACUAACCAAUAGCAUCCGUCCUUCUUUUCUUCUAUCUUGUCAAUCAUGAGUGCUGUUCCUCCUCAAAUUCUCUAUCUCGUUCCUCUUCUUCUCCUUGUUUUCAUCUCUUCAUCAUCUGCAAGAACGUCUCCUUCUCUUGUUUCUCCACUUCAUCAUUCAAAAUCUCUGAGAAAAACCGGACACCAACUCAUCAAGGAGCUCAAUUUGCAUCCGCAUCUUGAUGUUAACAUCGUGAAGUCAUACACCAAUUCAUCUUAUCUUGACGAUGAAGUCAAAAUCACCCAAUCCGGGAUUGUCGAAAAACAGUUAUCUCUCCAGGUUCUUGGUGAUUCUGGUGCCACUGUUCACGAUCUUGCUCAACAUGCUGGAUAUUAUAAGAUUGAACAUACAGUUGAUGCUCGGAUGUUCUACUUUUUCUUCGAAUCAAGAUCAGCCAAAACUGACCCAGUGGUUAUAUGGCUAACUGGAGGACCAGGAUGCAGCAGUGAACUGGCUCUCUUCUAUGAAAAUGGUCCCUUCAAAGUUACCAACAACUUGUCUCUUAUCUGGAACGAUUACGGCUGGGACAAGGUUUCAAACUUGAUAUACGUUGAUCAACCAACAGGAACUGGUUUUAGUUACAGUUCUAGUGAUGAAGACAUCCGCCAUGAUGAAACUGGAGUGAGCAACGAUCUUUACUUCUUCUUGCAGGCAUUCUUUAAGGCGCAUCCCGAUUAUGUCAACAACGACUUCUUCAUCACUGGAGAAUCAUACGCUGGACAUUACAUUCCAGCUUUUGCAGCUCGAGUUAACCAGGGAAACAAGAACAAAGAAGGGAUUCAUAUAAACUUGAAGGGAUUUGGAAUUGGCAAUGGGCUUACUGAUCCUGCAAUACAGUAUAAAGCCUACACUGAUUUCGCUUUGGCUAAUGAUCUUAUUUCCCAAUCGGAUUACAGCCAAAUAAACCAACAAAUCCCUGAUUGUGAAUCAGCAAUCAAAGCUUGUGGCACAACGGGUACAACCUCAUGCGAGAUGGCAUUGUAUACUUGUCAGCAAAUUUUCGAGGAUAUCCUGGAUAUUGCAGGCAAUAUAAAUUACUAUGAUAUUAGGAAGCAAUGUCAAGGGAGCUUGUGCUAUGAUUUCUCGAACAUGGAGGAUUUUCUGACCCAAUCAUCAGUGAAAACAGCAUUAGGAGUACCAAGCGACAUAGAUUUUGUUUCGUGUAGUGACACAGUGCAUCAAGCUAUGCUCGAUGACUGGAUGAGAGAUCUUGAAGUUGGGAUUCCAGCUCUAUUGGAGCAGGGUAUCGAAAUGCUUAUAUAUGCUGGAGAAUACGAUCUUAUUUGCAAUUGGGUUGGGAAUUCAAGAUGGGUUAAUGACAUGGCGUGGUCUGGUCAGAAAAAUUUCGUAGCAGCAACGAAUGUUUCGUUUGUUGUAGGGGGGAAAGAAGCUGGAGUUCUAAAGAACUAUGGACCUCUUACAUUCCUUAAGGUUCAUGAUGCUGGACAUAUGGUUCCAAUGGAUCAACCUAUUGCUGCACUACAGAUGCUACAACUCUGGACAACGGGCAAACUUACUAAGAAGGACACAACCAUUCUACCAUGAUCGGGGUGUUUGUAAAGGAAUUGAAGAAAAAGACAUCAAACUAUUGAAAGAUUUUCCGUGUAAUUGUCCAAAGUAUUUUCUGUUUUUCUGCAUAUUGUGUUAGUGAAAGAAAAUUUUACUUGUAAUUAAACAGCAG